AUGGCACAAACUAGAAUUGCGGAACUGGCCUCGAUCAUUUCGACUCAAACAACAAUUUUUGACGAGUACCUCCAGUCUCAUGGAAUCGCCUCGCCAUCCUUUGAUGUGAAUUAUAGCGAGACGCCUCAGAUUCCUAAGGAAAUUUCAGCCUCAAAAAACAUUAUUUUUGAGGCAACCGAAGAAUUGAACAGUCUCAUAGGGGGUCCUGUGGGAGUCCUCACCUCCAUGAAUAUUACGAUUUUGCCAACACUUCACGCGAUAUAUCGAUGGAAGUUAGCAUCAAGUUUUCCACUCCAUGGAGAAGCAUCUUUCUCUGAGGUUGCUGACACGGUCGGGGUACCUGAAGCGGAUAUUCGGCGUAUCAUCCGAAUGGCCAAGUCUCAUCGCCGAUCUGGCAAUGCCGAGUGCUGCCUUCGUCGUGGAAGUCUUCAAGGACCAUGA